ACCUGCCACCUAUCACUCACCUGCGCUGCGCUCUGCCCUGCUGGUGGAAGGAACCUGUACUUUAUAGUUUUAGAGCAAACUGUCGUAGCUCAUAACAGACAGCAACAGAGGGUGGUUAAACUUACUGGUAACAUUUUCCUGCGGAGCUCAUUUGUUGAUCGGCUGUGAUGACAAGCUGAUGCUCCAGGCGCCAACUCCGUCAGCAUCCUGUUCCCCUGUCGAUGCCUUAAAUCAUGAGUGUCCCAGGACCUCCGUCGAGGCAAACCAAUGGAGUGGCCAGAUCGGACAGCAAACUCAGCGCCAAGGCCCUCUACGAACAGAGGAAAAAGUAUUCCAACUCAAAUUUUAUUAUGCAGGAGACGUCGCAGUAUCACGUCGAGCAUCUCUCGACGUUCAUCAUGGACAAGAGAGAUGCCAUUACCACAGUGGACGAUGCCAUUAAGAAACUGGCUCUUCUAGAUUCAAAGGACAAAAUAUGGACACAAGAGAUGCUCCUUCAGGUCACUGACAAGGCGGUCAGACUGCUGGACUGUGACACACAGGAAGAGUUGGAGAACUUCCCUCUCCCCACCAUUCAAAUGUGUCAGGCGGUGCUGAACCAGACCCGUUACCCCUCUGUGCUGCUGCUUGUAUGCCAGGACAAUGAGCAGCACAAACCUGACAUCCACUUCUUCCACUGUGAUGAAGUAGAGGCCGAGAUGGUUCAUGAAGAUAUAGACAGUGCCAUUGGGGACAACAAGCAUGGAAAGAAAAUGAGGCUUCAGACUCUGAGGGUGAAUCAGGAGAAAAUGAAGCACCACAGGGAAACCAUUCUCCCCCCGUCGUCCCCAUCGGCCCCUUCGGCCCCUUCUGCCCCAUCACCUGCUGCGAAAGGACGUGUGGCUGCCCCAGACACACGGAACAGACUACCCUCCGGACAACAUGACACAGAGUCACAAGAAAACCUGGCCCAGCGCAUCGAGAGGGACGUGCAAAUUCUCAACUGUGCCCUGGAUGACAUAGAGAUCUUUGUGGCACGGCUGCAAAAGGCAGCAGAGGCCUUUUCUCAGCUCAACCAGCGCAACAAGAGUAAGAAGAACAAGAAGAAAGGACCAGCAGUGGGCAUGCUGACCCUACGAGCCAAACCCCCCAGUGAAGCAGAGUUCAUUGACAGCCUGCAGAAACUGAAGCUGGCCUUGAACCUCUUGGCCAAAUUGAAGAAACACAUACAGAAUCCAAGUGCGUCUGAGCUGGUUCAUUUUCUCUUUGGCCCUCUGGAGCUGGUGCUGCAGAGCUGUGGGAGUCCUGAACUGGCACGUUCAAUCAUCUCGCCUCACUUUUCCAGAGAUGCCGUUGAGUUCCUGCGCGGACACCUCACCCCCAAAGAAUUGACUAUGUUUGAGCUGCUGGGGGAGGGAUGGACCAAACCCAGAGCAGAGUGGCCCAGGGAUCAGUGUGCUCCUCCUUACUACCCAAAGUUCCGUAAUGGCUGGGAGCCACCAGCAGACUUCUUCCAGACGGCGCCAUGGGAAACAGAGGACUCCAUGGGGCCACUGCAUUCCCCCACCAGCCCUGAUUACAGGAAGCCCACAGCAGAGGAGUUUUAUGGAACUCAUUCCUCCAGCUCAUCAAACGGGUCUUACGGGAGGUCGAAAUAUGCCAAAAUUCGCUACCACUUUGUAGCCAGGAAUGCCACCGAGCUGUCAGUGCUGCAGGAUGAAAUCCUCGAGGUGCUCGAGACUGACAAACAGUGGUGGAAGCUAAGGAAUCGCAGUGGACAGGCUGGCUACGUCCCCUAUAACCUCCUGGAUGUGGUGAAGAUCGAGGAGCCAGACGGCGUCUUCGGCCAGGACUACAGGAUGUCCCCUCCUGGUCCUAUGAGUCCUCUGGAAGGAUUUAACCACGGCAUACACAAAGACAAACUGAUGGAUGAAGUAAACACUGAGUUAUUAACAAAGAUCACCGCUAGCAAAAGCCAACCACCGCCGAGGAAAUUUCGUGUGGAGAAACCUUCUGGCACCCAUGUACCGCUCACCUUUGACUCUAAGCCAGAGCAGGUGAUCACAUGGCUCAGCUCAAAUGGUUUCUCAAAACCGACGGUUGACUGUUUGGGGAUCCUAACUGGAGCCCAACUGUUUUCCCUCAAUAAAGAAGAACUGAAGGCGGUGUGUGGAAACGAAGGUGGUCGUGUCUACUCUCAAGUCACUGUGCAGAAAACACAGCUAGAGAAGAGCAGUGGAGACUCGGAGCUGCAGGAGGUCAUGAAGAAGAGGCAGGAGAGGAUCGAUUCUGGCAGCAAAGACUGACCCUGUCGACCCGUGUCUCUCACUCAGAUGCUUCCUAACAGCUUUUAAAUGCAGCAGCUUCUUAAAUCAGUACGCUGUUAAUUACCACCAACAGUACAUUAUACUGAAAUGCUGUAUAAAUUUGAAUCUUAUAUUUAUUUUGUAUCAUGCAAUGUGUUGUGUAUUCAUGUGUUCUCUUAUCUAAUUAUGUUGCUUCAUGUUUUAAUUGUCUCACGAGUAUUUGGUCCUUAAAGAGAUGUUUGUGCAUGGGAAAGAAAGGAUGUACAGUUUGGUGUCUGUGGACGUGCGCGUGUGGACGUGUAUGGAACGUGCAUAUUUGUACCAACCGCGUAGUUAAUGUUCAUGUUCAUGCUCAAUGUUAUAAUUGCAGCUGUUUAUUCAGUGAGGUGGUAAAUAAGAUUUUAGCGAUUGCAUUUUUUUUCUGAAAAUCUGUGCCAGAAUUAGGGCUGAACAAUUUGGAGAAAUUACAUUUACAGAUGUUGCUGUUGCUUUUUGCGAUACAUUUUAUUAUUUUUUUUAAGUCAAGCAAGCUUCAGUUCAUUAUUGACUGUGUAAUACAUACAAAACAUGAUUUGCAUAUGAAAUAAUCAAAAUAUGAACUAUUCUAUAUUCUAAUGCAAUGGAAGUUAAAGAUAUUGUUUCUGAUAUCUAUUGCAUUUGCAAUAAAUAUAGAACAAUAAAAACUCUGAACUAUUACUAAUUGCGUUGUUUCAAGUUGUGAUUUUGAUUUGAAAACAGUGAAUUGUUCAGCCCUAGCCAGAAUGUGACACAUUUUCUGAUACACAGCCAAUUCUUUUCAUAUUACUGUAUACAACUAUACCAUAGUCGAUGCUAGUGCUCAUAUUCCAUGCAGUCCAGUCUUCAUCAUGGUUGAUAGCUUAUAAUUUGCAGUAGGUAUUCAUGUAAAUAAUAUUGCUGUUUGAGUUCAGAUCCUUCGGGCAAGCUUACACUACAGAGAAACUCCCACUAAUCCUGUCAGUAUCAGUGAAAUGCUGUCAUUAAUAUGUUCUUUUUUGCUUCGUGGUAUUUUGCAGUGUAAACCACACUGAAAAUAAAGAAGUAUAUGCAGUAGGGUAUACUGCUCUGCUGUUAAUUAAAGGAGGGGUUUUUUUUUGGGACACACUGUUCAAAAAGUAAUUAAAAUAAACUUAAGUAAACAUUUGGCA